AUGCCAGCAGAAUGUGUCAAAGUUAUUGUAAGAAUGCGUCCAUUCAAUCAAAGAGAAAAAGAGAAUGGAAGCAAGCCAUGUGUUGUAGUUUAUGAAGACACUAAUACUGUGGAAUUGCGAAAUGUAUUGUUUUUUAAACAUUGGUAUACUAGACAUAAGAUAAUGAUGUAAAAUCGUAUACAUAUGAUUACGUAUUUGGAGCAGAAACACCUCAAUUAUCUAUUUAUUAGAAAACUGCUUUCAAUUUGGUAGAGAGUGUAGCAGAUGGUUACAAUGGAACAAUAUUUGCUUAUGGUUAAACAGGUAUUAAUAUUCAAUUUAUUAUUAAGGUUGUGGUAAAACCUUCACUAUGAUUGGAGAUCCAUCAAGUGUAAUAAUAUAAUUUAUUAUUAGGAUACUAUGAAAGGAAUCAUACCUAGAACUUUUGAUCAAAUAAUUAACAUUAUUAAUAAUAACUCAGACACUAACAAAAAAUUUCUACUUCGUUGUUCAUAUAUAGAAAUUUACAAUGAAGAAAUACAUGAUUUAUUAAGCAAAGAUGUUAAAUAGAAAUAUGAUUUAAAAGAAGGAUAAUAAGGUGUCUUUAUUAAGGAUUUAAACAUAGCAGUUGUUAGGACUACUCAAGAAAUGGAUAGAUUUAUGUAAUUAGGUACAUAAAACAGAUCAGUUGGAGCAACAGCUAUGAAUAAGGAAUCAAGUCGUAGUCAUUGCAUAUUCACUGUAUAUAUAGAAUGUUCUGUUACAGAUCCAAAAGGAAAUGAGAGAAUUACUGCUGGUAAAUUAAACUUGGUAGAUUUGGCAGGAAGUGAAAGAUAAUCAAAAACUUAAGCAACAGGAGAUAGAUUAAAAGAGGCAACUAAAAUUAAUUUAUCACUUUCAGCUUUAGGUAAUGUUAUAUCAGCCCUUGUUGAUGGUAAAACAUAGCAUAUUCCUUACAGAGAUUCUAAAUUAACAAGAUUACUAUAAGAUUCUUUGGGAGGAAAUACUAAAACAAUUAUGAUUACAGCUAUUAGUCCAUCUGAUUUUAACUUUGAUGAAACUUUAUCUAGUUUAAGAUAUGCUUCAAGAGCUAAAAUGAUUAAAAAUUAACCUAAAGUGAAUGAAGAUCCAAAAGAUGCUUUAUUAAAAGAAUAAGCUGAAGAAAUCAAAAGACUUAAAGAAAUGUUAUCAAAAUAAGCAGCAGGUUAACCAAUAUCUUUUGAUAUCUAUUAACCUAUUGGAAAUUCAGAAAAUAAUUCAGAACUUGCAAGAUUAAAAGAAGAAAAUGAUAAAUUGAAAGAAAGAAAUAAACUACAUAAUCAAAUUUAAGGUGGAGGUGGUCCAUCAGAAGAAAAACUUAAAGAAUUACAUGAAUUUAAAGAGAAAAAUAAUUAAUUAUUGUAAGAAAAGGAAAGAAUUGAAUUAGAAGUAAAAGAGAAAGAAUAUUAAGCAGAAUAAGAACGUUAAGCAAGGAAAAGAUUGGAAGAUUUAUUGAAAGAAAAGGAAUAAAUGAUGGUAUAAGGAGGUAGAGGUACUGAAGAUGAAAAAAAGAAAUAUAAGAAAUUGAGAUAAGCUGUUGAUUAAUAAAAAAAAGAACAUGAAGCAUUAAUUAGUUAAUAAGAAUAAUAAUAAUAAGAACUUUUGUAAAUUGAAACUAAAUAUCAAAAUGUUUAAGAGGAAGUUGAAAAAUUGAGGAAACUUGUUAAAUAUUUAAGAAAGAAAUUGGAAGAGGCUUAAAAUGAAUAAAAAGAUCUUAAAUAAGAAGUUGAAUAUGAAAAGGAAGAUUUAUUGGAUACUAUUAGAAAUUAAGAGAAAGAAAUAAAAUUAUAUUCUGGCAUAAUUAAAAUGAUGUUUAAUCAAACUGAAUUGGAAUCUCUUUAAGCAGCAUGUGAAUGGGAUGAUGAUUCUUAAGAAUAUAAGAUUCCUGCAUUUAAUUUUAAAGCAAAGAAAGUCAAUUUUCCUAAUUUGCCAUAUAAAUAAGGUAAUUAUUAUUAUUAAAACCAGCCAUCGAUUUAAUUGAACAAGAAAAGGCUGAAAGAAUACUAGAAAUUAACUCUCGAUAAUAUGAUAAAAAUAAUUAUAAUGAUCCUGAAUAAAAUUAGAGAAUUGUUUCUCCUAUGCCACAAAGAAAAGGUAUAAUUUAAUUGAGAAUUUAGAAUCUCAACAAAAAUAAAAUGGAAUAAGUUAACCUUAGUUGGAUAGAGCAUAAUUGGUUGCAGAAAAGAUAAAAUUAAAUUAUUAGAUGUUAGAAGAAAAAGAAGGAAAAUAACGUUACUCGAAUGAAGUUUCCAAUCAACAGUUUAAUGAAAAAAAACCUAAUUAAAAAAUAAUCUUAAGUCCAAUUGAUAAUCGAGGAAAUACAGUACCUAAUUUUAAUAGUCAAUAUGGUUUUAAUAGCAAUAUAAACAGCAGCAAUUUAUCAUAAGCUACACCACCUACAAAUAAGAAAAGUACUUUCCAGCUUAAUUCUUAGAUGUUAAUUUAUAACCUUUAGAAUCAAAACCAUAGGUUCCAUUACCUGAUGAAUAGUAAAGAAGAAAAUAACAUUAGAGAGUUUAAUAAAUUUGA